AUGAUGACCACUAGUAAAAGACAGGAUUAUAUUGCAAGAGUCAGAUAUGUCAAUGAUCUUCCACCUCCACCUUGUCCUCCAAAGUUAUUGGAUGUUCCUAUAAAUAUUCAAAAGUUAACAUCUUGGGCGUUUUUGUCCGAUCUUGUAAGAAAACAAGUACCAAAUGUGGAUCUUGAUAUGGAUCUUGGAAUGCCUUUAGAUAUGACGAUAGUUCCUGGCAUUUUUGACCGUGAAGAUGAAAGUGGUUGUUAUCCUUUGGAUCCGUUACCUCCAUUAGAUCCCAAAGAUACUGUUUUGUUAAAAGAUCCUACAGGUAGCUCUUCAGGUGUUCGCGGCCAACCAAAUGUCUCGUUUCUGAGAAGAACAGAGUAUAUAUCAUCUGAAGUAGUACGACAAAAAGUUGAUAAAUCUGUUAAUAAAAAGGUAUCGCUUACAGUCGUGGAUCCUGAAGCCCAAUUAAGGGCUGUUGAAGACACUUUCGAAAUAUCUAACAGACCAUUGGAAACAAUCAGACACCCUAAAAAUAAAGCUCUUAAGCCAUUGGAAUCUUUUUCUUUACUUCCUGAUUUCAAACAGCUUGAUCUAACAUACUUAUCAGUAAAGAUGGUCAAUUCCGCAUCACUUAGCCACUUGAGAGAAAAACAAUCGGAUGUGUGUCUCUCUACAUCUUUAUUUCGUCCAACAUCUUUAGAAACAGAUGAAUGGAUGUCAUUCUUUGUUCCAAAUGAAUUUGAUGCUCGUGAUUUAAAAAGAAAACUUGAUGACCCUAAUGAUAACCUUGAAAAAAAUGACUCAGAAAAUGAAGCUGAGCGGCCCAUUUAUAAAUUUAAGCAUCUUCGUGAUUACGAAAUGGAAUUAAUUCAGCAUUCAAACCAGUUCGAUGAUAUUUCAGUAAAUUUUUCUUCAAAUAGUGCUGAACAAAAUCCUGGUAUGGCGUUGUUUGUCCCGAUAGCAGGUCGCACAAAUCUCAAACGAAGAAGAGUAGCUGACAGUCAAAAGCAAGUGGUUGCUGAAAACAAUGUUGCUGAAAUAGAGCUUUCUUUACGAGAACUCGAUUCUGAAGAAUCGGUCGGGAGAGACAGACUACGUGCAGAGUUCGACUCUAUUCUAUAUGGAUAA